CGGCACUCUCACUCAAAGUCGCCGGUGGGCAAUACCAAGGUAGAGCGUCGUGUAGGAAACAAGUAGACGACGUACAGUGUGUGUGUGGCCCAUGUCUACCGCCUCGUCGCUGCACUCGUUCCUCGCUGGUCGGUCGGGCAAGGGCGGCAGACGUUCGGUGGGAAGCGACUCGCCGUCGACGCCGACCAACUCGCCGCCGACCUCGUUUAAGCCACAGACCACCAAUGUCUUUCCCGGAACGGGUGGCACUGCCUCCCAUGACUACCAGAGUGGAUUGCCUGUGCCCAUGGAGAGCCUGGCCCCACUCCCGCUCCCGCUCCCGCUCCCGCUCGCUGCAAACCCGCAGCCGUACGUCUUUGACCCGUCCCGCAAGGUCACCCUGAGCAACACGCUCGGAAGGGCAAGUCUGGCGAGCUGUGAGGCGUCACCUGCCGAACGCGCCAUGGGCGGUGCCAUCUCCCGCUUCAAGCAGAGGGCCCUGCCGUCGCAAGUCGCAGACGGCCUCGCGGGCCCGCCAGGUCAGACCCGCGACGAGAGCAAGGUUCGCUCGUCGGGCGUCCGCUCCGCCGGCAUCAAGCCUAAGCCCAAGACAAAGAAGAAGAAGCGGACAAGGUUGACACCGUCGCAGAUGGCAGUCAUGGAGCGAAUCUUUUGGAAGAACCAGUACCCGAGCUCCUCCAUCUCGCUCGGCCUCUCCGAGACGCUCAAACUCCCGCACCACUCGAUCCAGAUCUGGUUCCAGAACAGGCGCGCAAAGUACCGCAAGCAGAUCAAGUCUCGCACAAAAGAGCGCUCAAGCAACCCCGAGCUUUGCCCGCUCCCGGACCUCAACCCGCCCAAGGCCGCUCGCAAAAAGGACUCGGUCGGGCCGAUGGACCAGGAAGGUCUCGCCCGCAUCCUUGCCUCCGAGCCAAACAACGGCGCAGACCUAACCGGCGCCUUUCCCAAGACCUUUGAGACUGACCCGGCCUUUGAGGGCCAGCCGGUCCAGCCUGACUUUGACCUCGCUGCGCGCCUCAUUGCUGACGCCCGUGCCUCGUCUAUCCCCGACUCAGACGACGACGAAGACGACGCCAACCACAAGCAGUCUUCGCCUGUCGGCGUUCGGGCCAUGGACGACUCGCAUCCGCAGUCGCUUCCCCAGUCGCAGCCUCGCGUUCCUCGCCCGGCCAACCUUCCGCCUCCUUUUACCAACGACAAUGGUUCGUUCUCGUCUUCCGAAGGCUCGCUCACCCUCAGCGACGCCGCUCUCGCCUCUGCGCUCUCUAUGGGCCUCGCCGGCAUGCAUCUAGGGCCGUCGGGCACGCUUCAUGACCCGGUCAUUAUGCAAGACAUGCCGUCGGGCAUGGAGGUGCCGCCGGCUAGCAGUCUUCGCGAAGCCGACUCGCUCGAAUCGCUGCCGCAAGCCUCGGUCUCCUACAAUGGCGGGCCGGCAGCAGGCAGCGGACCAGCCGAGCCACUCAAUCCGUUUGAGCAACGAGUCCGCGCCAACUUGCAGUCGUCGCUGGCCGGCACUCACGAGUCGAUUGCACAACGCGCAGCGCAGCUGGAGCACGUCCGUGAGCUAGCCGCUGCCGCCGUCACCUCGCAAGGCCAGCAGCAGCCGAUGGACUGGCUUGGGCCGAUGCGUACCUCUGGCUCGGCACCGUACUCCUCGCCGGCCCUGGGCUCGUCCGAGGCCACCUGGCCCAUUCCCACUGCGAACUCCAACUCGCUCCGCAGUGCCGCCAUGGCAGGUGCCUCUGCCGCGCGGUCUGCCUCUCACCAAGGCCCGCUCCGCAUACCGCCAUCUGCUCCCUCGCCGGCGCUCACCCCGUCUGGGCUCUCGACUGAGUUUCCGCCAGACUCUUCGUUUCCGUUUGGGCCUAUUGAGCCACCCACCUCGGUCUUUAACGGCAGUAGCCUCACCGGCCUUGGCACCUUUGGCAUGGACGUCGCUGGUCAGGGUCUUAGUUCGGGCCUCAGCUCGGGCUCCCUCGACGCCAUGUCGGUCCCGCAGCAGCCGACGGGCGGUCUGCCGUCGUACAGCUCGCUCUCGCAUGGCGGCGGCUCGUCGCACUCGCUUUCACACUUUGCCAACCCGUACGAUCUACUCGGUGAUCCUUCAUUUUCGUUCAACGUAUGAGCCCCGGCCUCGUACCUAAUUGCUCCUACCGAAGCGCUUUGGCGGCCUGGACGAGUCCCACCAGUGGGCUCCCGCUUGCACUUUCCACCUCGCCUGCAUCGAGGUAACGCAGCAUGUCCAGGACUGCGCGACGGACAAUCGGGCCCGCGCCACACGGCCCGCGGCUCGCCAUCAUGUCUUUCAGCCCGUCGACGACGCCUUCAAACGACGUCUUACCGGCGUCGACGUUGCCACUGGCAAGCGCCCCUGAGAGCUCACGGAGCGCUUUCGAGACCCGCUCGAGUGCCGCGCCGCGCGCCUCGGGUUCGCCGAGUGGGCUUGCCCUGUCAUCGGGUCGCUGCGAGAGCUCGCGUACAUGCUUGAAGAGCUCGACGAGAUCACAUAGUGCGGCGCGGAUUCCGUCGAGCCCCUUGACCGACGAGCUCGACGCUUCUGUCGCCGACGACGACGGCGAUGCCGAAAGUGCAUCGCGGCUCUCGGCGAGGAGCGAGGCGAGACAUAGUGCAGCGACGGAGGUGUGUAGCCGAUCAAGACGAACAAAUAACUUGUCGCGA